AGUUAUCACUUUUCGUCAACACUACAGAUAUUUAUUGGUUUUGACUCAUGAGGUUGUUAUCAAUCAAUGUUUAAGUUGUAUUACAAUUGAUGUAAUGUUUCGCUGAUAACAAUCACUAGUUUUGAAUUAUCUUAAGUCAUGUCUGUCAUCGAGAUUAAUGACAUUCUAGAAGAACUCAAAGAUAAUAAUACAAGACUUUAUGAAUUAGUGAAAAGAUAUGUCWAUGUCUUUAAAUUGUUGGAUCAGUUCAAGUGUCAAAUCAUUGAUUGCGUCAAUCAGUGCCACGAAUGCCAAACAAAUGAACGCAUCGGACAACUGAUCCAUCAAUACGACAAUAUAGUGAAUGAUGUGAAGACAUGUAAUAAGUUGAUUGCCAUUUCUGGCAAAUGUCAAACAUUUGGUGGUCAACAACAAAGUGGUGACAAAAGCAUCAGAAAAAAAGAUAAUUUUGUAAAUUUAGAUCGUCUUGUGUUUAAUCAUAUCGAUGGCAACAGUGAAUGUGAUUUGAAAACAAUUGGUCAAAACAUUGAAUCACACGUUGACUUAGACUUUAAUGUAGAGAUUAAACAAACAAAAAGACAAAAAAGAAAUAGUUUGAAGAAAUCAAUUGAUAUUAAUUGUGAUGAAGAAGUAGAAGAAGACAUAGAAGUAAAGAAACGCAAAAAGAAGUCAAACGAUGACUCGGAUUACGAUUUUGAAGAAGACUCUAAACAAAUAAAGAGAAAUAACAGAUCCAGAAGUACCAAACAUAUUAAGAAAACAAUUUGUUGCGAGUUUUGCAUUUACACGACUAAUAAGAGAUCUCGACUAACAAAUCACAUUAACUAUCAUCACCUAAAUAUCAGACCAUUUGAAUGUACUAUUUGUGGCAAAAGAUUGCUGACUCAGAAGACAUUAGAUGAACACAUGAAGAAUGUUCACACAUCAGAAGAUACAUAUUAUACAUGCAUUUGGAGUAACUGUUCAUUUAAGACCAAAUAUAAAGAUACAUUUGAAGGUCAUAUUAUGCGACAUAAAGGCGACACUACUUUUCAGUGUUUAUGGCCCGGAUGUGGCAACAUAUUGGCCACUCAAUCGAUACUUAUAAGUCAUAUGGAAAAAGUUCACGAAAAUAAAGAAAGAUAUGAGUGUCCACAUCCUGACUGUGAUUACAAAGCGGCCACAAAGCAAAGUUUGAAACUACAUUCGGUUGUCCACUGCGAUGACAGACUCUACCCGUGCCAAUGGCCCGGUUGUGACAAAUCAUUCAAAUUGAGUUACAGUUUAAAAAGCCAUGAGAAGACGCAUAUCAACGAUAAACAGCAAGCAUGUGAUUGGCCAGAUUGCGGACAAAAGUUUCUAACGCUUACCAAUUUGAAGUUACAUAUGAAGCGACACAAUGGACAAAAAGAUUAUGUAUGUCCUUAUAAAGGGUGCGGAAAGGCAUUUGUCGAUAAGGGACAUAUGAUUAGACAUAAGAAAAUACAUAUUAAAAAGUUAAAUACAACUAACCAUUCAACUGAAACAACAAUACAAAUUGAUUCAACGAUUGCUUAA